AUGGAAAAAAGUAAGCCCAGUGUGGUUUCUCCUGCUGAAAAUUCAGACGCUAUAGAUCAAGAACAAUUGAUUAAACAUCUGCAAGAAACUUUAAGUUUACUAACUGAAAAAAAUAAAUCAUCAACUGAAUCUGGGUAUCCUUCUCAGACAUUGAAGAAAAAAAUUAUCGACGAACAGGAAGUAAGUUUAGAAGCACUGAUUAACUAUUCGAAUAUUUAUAUUGAUUUUACCUAUGAAAACCCUACGAUUUAUCAUGUGGUUCAAUACUUCUCAAAGUUGUUGGAAAAUGCAGGUUUCGAAUAUAUAUCUGAAACUGACGAAUGGUCCCAUAUCAUAAGAGAAAGCAAGAACAACUGUUUCUACACCACAAGAAACAAGACUAGUUUAUGUGCUUUCAAAGUUGAUCCCAGUUGGAAAGCAGCAGAUGGUGUUUCCUCUAUUACUUGCCAUAUCGAUUCAUUGAAUGCUAAAUUAAAACCGGCAUCUGUUAAAGAUGAUGUCGAAGGUUAUGUACUUUUAGGUGUUGCUCCAUACGGUGGCACAUUGGACAGUGUGUGGUUCGAUAGAGACCUUGGUAUUGGUGGUAAGAUUGUCUACAAAGAUGGGGACAAUGUCAAGUCUACUCUAAUUAAUUCCACUCCUCACCCGAUUGCUAGAAUUCCAACAUUAGCACCUCAUUUUGGGGCACCAGCAGUUGGUCCAUUCGAUAAAGAAGAUCAAGCUGUUCCUAUCAUUGGCUUCGGUUUUGGUGAUGAUGAAGGUAGGGAACAAAUAACUGAAGAUGAAAAAAAAUCUCCUUUAUACGGGAAACAUUCAAUUCAUCUGCUCAGAUACAUCGCUAAUUUAGCAAACAUCAACGUAUCACAAAUCCAACAAGUAGAUCUAGAUUUAUUUGACGUUCAGAAAGGUUCAAUCGGUGGUUUGAAGGAUGACUUUUUGUUUGCACCAAGACUAGAUGAUAGAUUGUGUAGUUUCGCUGCCAUUACUUCAUUUAUUGAAUCACACAAGCGUGGAUUUUCUGAAGGUUUCAAUAUGGUUACCUUAUAUGACAAUGAGGAAGUUGGAUCCUUAACAAGACAAGGCGCUAAAGGUGGAUUAAUGGAAACAGUUGUCCAAAGAGUGUCCGACAGUAAAUAUAAGGGGAAAAGUAACUUUCCUGCUUCAGACGAUACUUCGGCCUCAAGCGAUAUAUACCACCAAAUAUUUGCAAACUCUUUAAUUUUAUCUGCUGACGUUAACCACCUAUUCAAUCCAAAUUUUAAAGAAGUUUAUAUGAAAAAUCACUCCCCUAAGCCAAAUGUCGGAGUUACUUUAUCUUUGGAUCCAAAUGCUCAUAUGGCUACUGACUUAAUCGGUGUAAGUGUUAUUGAAGAAAUAGCAAGAAUGAAUAACGACAAAAUUCAAUACUUCCAAAUUAAAAAUAAUUCCAGAUCAGGUGGAACGAUAGGGCCUUCAAUUUCUUCUCAAACAGGAGCAAGAACAGUAGAUUUAGGGAUUGCACAAUUAUCAAUGCAUAGUAUCAGAGCUACUACGGGUUCUCAUGACAUCGGAUUAGCAGUCAAAUUUUUCAAUGGAUUUUAUCGUUAUUGGAGAAAAGUUUAUUCUCAAUAUAAUAGUGUGUAA